AUGCGUUGUAUAGAGUGUGGGACUUUCUUUAUUUUGAUACAGUCGACUCUUAGUCAACAGCACCUCUACAGACAUUUUGGUCAGAGUCAGCUCAGCCUUUUACUACAUCUGGUACACAUGAAGUCUGCCACGAAAGACACAUCACAAAAAAAAGGCUGAUUGGUCAACCUAUCCUUCAUGCUGAUUGGUUCUCCUCACCSCCACCCCUCUCAGGGAGGAGAUGACGUGAUGGGCUGUGUCCAUGACGAUAAUGGGCGUGUUCGUAUCCAUCACUUCUACAACGUGGGCCAGUGGGCCAAGGAGAUCAAGAGGAAUCCUGCCAGGGACGAAGAGGGUGUGUUUGACAACAACCGUGUGACCUGCCGCUUCAAACGGCCGCUCUACGUCCCUAGAGAGGAGACACUGGUGGAUCUGCAUCUCUCCUGGUUCUACCUGUUGGCUUGGGGGCCUGCUAUACAAGGUUCCAUCACACGUCAUGACAACGAUGCUCCGCCAGUCUCCGAUCACAUGAUCAGCAUCUAUAAAUAUGAGGACAUCUUCAUGCCGUCUACAGCCUACCAGACAUUCUCCUCACCCUUCUGUCUGCUGCUCAUAGUAGCCCUCACCUUCUAUCUGCUGAUGGGCACCCCCUGAGCGAGAGGAGAGGAGAUGAGAGAAGACAAGAGGAGAGGAGAGAAGAGACGACCAAUUAACCCAGAGAGAGGAGAGAAGAG